AUGGCGGCGUCGCAAAACAGCUCCAACAUAACGCGGAACAUCACGAAUCAGUUUGUUCAGCCACCGUGGCGGGUUGCGCUGUGGUCAGUCGCCUACAGCUCCGUUCUGGCGGUUGCGGUAUUUGGGAACCUCAUUGUUAUUUGGAUCAUUUUGGCUCACAAACGGAUGAGAACCGUCACAAACUAUUUCUUGUUAAAUUUGGCUUUUUCCGACGCUUCCAUGGCCGCUUUCAACACUCUCAUUAAUUUCAUCUAUGCGAUGCAUGGUGACUGGUACUUUGGAGAAGCCUAUUGCAAGUUCCACAACUUCUUCCCGGUUACCGCUGUGUUCGCCAGCAUCUACUCUAUGACUGCUAUUGCCGUCGAUAGGUACAUGGCGAUCAUCCAUCCACUGAAGCCCAGACUCUCUGCCACAGCCACUAAAGUGGUGAUAGUGUGUAUCUGGGCCCUGGCUGUGGUACUAGCCUUCCCUCUCUGUUAUUACUCUACCAUCCGCACCAUGCCCUGGAGAACCAUCUGCUACGUGGCCUGGCCCAGGUCCUCCAAAGACACCUUCAUGUAUCACAUCAUAGUGGCGUUGUUGGUCUACAUGCUGCCCCUGCUGGUCAUGGCGAUUACCUACACCAUAGUGGGGGUGACACUGUGGGGAGGGGAGAUCCCCGGUGACUCUUCCGAUAACUACCUUGGCCAGCUGCGAGCAAAGCGUAAGGUGGUGAAGAUGAUGAUCAUUGUGGUGGUGACCUUUGCCCUCUGCUGGCUGCCGUACCAUGUGUACUUCAUCGUGACAGGCCUCAACGGACGACUGAACAGGCUCAAGUCCAUCCAGCAGGUGUAUCUGUCAGUGCUUUGGCUAGCUAUGAGCUCCACCAUGUACAACCCCAUAAUCUACUGUUGCCUUAAUGGCAGGUUUCGGGCGGGGUUCAAGAGAGCCUUCCGCUGGUGCCCGUUCGUCCAGGUGUCGAGCUACGACGAGCUGGAGUUGCGCACCACCCGUUUCAACCCCCGUAACCAGAGCAGCAUGUGCACUCUUUCACGGAUGGAUACCAGCGUGAACGGGGUCGACCCACGCCAAAGCCGCAAGAAAAGCGCCAUCUCACAGGGUCAAGACGAGGUCAAAGGCGUCGACGACAAGCUCUACAGCGACCCAAGUGUUGAAGCGGAACAGUACAACUGA